CGGAGCUGGCUUACGAGCCUCCCCCGCCCCUGAGCUGUUUGAAUAUGCUAAUGAGAAGCUAGGGGGUAGCCAAUAGAGCAGCGGGGAGGUGCAUCACGUGACUCGGGUACGUGUCAGGGGUGGAGCCUCUGCAGCCCCAGCCCGAGUUAAAACCGGAGUGUGAGAGAGAAAAGAGCUUCAGUAGCGAGAGGGGCUGAGAAAGUGGUGACACCGCCGGGGUGCGGAGGGAGUCCCUGAAACUUCUACCAACAGCCCCAGGGCCAAUCUCCCCUCAGCCCACUCCCCUCUUCGCCAGCUCCGAGGUCCCCACUCCCUGCACCGGGGGUGGGGUGGGGAGCCAGGCCCGUCUCCCUCUGGGAUACACACAGGGGCCGGGAGCGGGGACGGGACCCCCGAGGCGGGGGGGACGGACCGACAGACAGACGGCCGGGCGCUCGCCCCAGCGAGCAGGCAGGCAGGAGGAGGCGGAGGCGCGGGUACGACGGGGAGUAGUGGGUCUGGGGAGUUUCCUCUCAACUAUCGGGGGAGAAACUCCCCGCAGCCGGAGGAAAGACCCAGACGGUGUUUUCCUCCCGGUGGCCGCGCUUCCCCGCCCCGCGUAGCGGCGCCGCCGCCACCGGCGCCUCCACCUCUACCAUCUCUUUCUCCACCAUCUCGGGCCCCGGUGUCCCCGGCCAGCACUAUGCCCAUCUUACUGUUCCUGAUAGACACGUCUGCCUCUAUGAACCAGCGCAGCCAUCUGGGCACCACCUACCUGGACACGGCCAAAGGCGCGGUAGAGACCUUCAUGAAGCUGCGUGCCCGGGACCCUGCCAGCAGAGGAGACAGGUAUAUGCUGGUCACUUUCGAAGAGCCGCCCUACGCUAUCAAGGCUGGAUGGAAAGAAAACCAUGCAACGUUUAUGAAUGAACUGAAAAACCUUCAGGCUGAAGGACUUACGACUCUUGGCCAAUCACUAAGGACAGCUUUUGAUUUAUUAAAUUUAAAUAGAUUAGUAACUGGCAUAGACAACUAUGGGCAGGGAAGAAAUCCUUUUUUCUUGGAGCCAGCAAUAAUUAUUACAAUUACUGAUGGGAGCAAGUUGACUACCACCAGUGGAGUCCAGGAUGAGCUCCAUUUACCUCUUAAUUCUCCUUUGCCUGGAAGUGAAUUGACCAAGGAACCCUUUCGUUGGGAUCAGAGGCUGUUUGCAUUAGUGUUGCGAUUGCCUGGCACCGUGUCAGUAGAAUCAGAGCAGUUGACAGGUGUGCCUUUAGAUGACUCCGCCAUCACACCAAUGUGUGAGGUGACAGGUGGCCGCUCAUAUUCUGUUUGUUCUCCAAGAAUGCUUAAUCAGUGUCUGGAGUCCUUGGUGCAGAAAGUGCAAAGUGGGGUAGUAAUAAACUUUGAAAAAGCGGGACCAGAUCCUUCCCCUGUAGAAGAUGGGCAGCCAGAUGUAUCAAGGCCUUUUGGAUCUCAGCCGUGGCACAGCUGUCACAAGCUCAUAUAUGUCAGACCAAAUCCUAAAACUGGGGUUCCUAUAGGUCAUUGGCCUGUUCCAGAAUCUUUUUGGCCAGAUCAAAAUUCUCCAACACUACCACCUCGUACGUCCCAUCCCGUGGUGAAGUUUUCCUGUACAGACUGUGAACCAAUGGUUAUUGACAAACUUCCUUUUGACAAAUAUGAAUUGGAACCUUCACCCCUGACUCAAUUUAUCCUGGAGAGGAAAUCUCCUCAAACAUGUUGGCAGGUAUAUGUGAGCAAUAGUGCUAAAUAUAGUGAACUUGGUCACCCUUUCGGUUACUUGAAAGCCAGCACAGCCCUGAACUGUGUCAAUCUAUUUGUGAUGCCUUACAAUUACCCCGUCCUCCUUCCCCUUCUCGAUGACUUGUUUAAAGUCCAUAAAGCAAAACCAACAUUGAAAUGGAGACAGUCGUUUGAAAGUUAUUUGAAGACAAUGCCUCCCUACUAUCUCGGGCCCUUGAAGAAAGCUGUUAGAAUGAUGGGGGCACCUAACCUAAUAGCAGACAGCGUGGAAUAUGGGCUGAGCUACAGCGUCAUUUCAUACCUCAAGAAACUGAGUCAGCAGGCCAAAAUAGAAUCUGAUCGAGUCAUCGGUUCUGUAGGCAAAAAAGUAGUGCAGGAAACUGGGAUUAAGGUCCGAAGCCGAUCACAUGGUUUAUCAAUGGCGUAUAGGAAAGAUUUUCAACAAUUACUCCAGGGAAUUUCAGAGGAUGUCCCUCACAGACUGCUAGACCUUAAUAUGAAGGAAUAUACUGGCUUCCAAGUUGCUCUGCUGAAUAAGGAUUUGAAGCCACAGACAUUUAGAAAUGCCUAUGAUAUACCACGACGAAAUCUUUUGGAUCACUUAACAAGAAUGAGAUCUAAUCUUCUGAAGAGCACCCGCAGAUUUCUUAAAGGACAAGAUGAAGAUCAAGUACACAGUGUUCCUAUAGCACAAAUGGGGAAUUACCAGGAGUACCUCAAGCAAGUACCUUCUCCACUGAGAGAACUUGAUCCUGAUCAGCCGAGAAGGUUGCACACAUUUGGAAACCCCUUUAAGCUGGAUAAAAAGGGUAUGAUGAUAGAUGAAGCAGAUGAAUUUGUAGCUGGACCUCAAAAUAAACAUAAACGACCUGGAGAACCAAAUAUGCAGGGGAUCCCCAAAAGACGCCGGUGUAUGUCUCCACUGCUAAGAGGCAGACAGCAGAACACUGUUGUGAACAACCACAUCGGGGGGAAAGGACCCCCUGCACCUGUGGCUCAGGCACAGACGGAUCUCAUCAAACCCCUUCCUCUCCAUAAAAUUUCAGAAACCACUAAUGAUUCAACAAUAAUAGAUGAUGUGGUUGAGAAUCAUGUUGCAGACCAACUUUCAUCAGACAUUGCACCAAAUGCUAUGGGUGCUGAAUUUUCACCAUCCUCUCCAGCCAGUUUAUUGGAACGGCCAGCCAAUCACACAGAGGCUCUUGGUCAUGACCACUUAGGAACCAACGACCUCCACGUUGGUGGAUUUUUAGAAAAUCAUGAGGAGCCAAGAGGUAAAGAACACUGUGUUGAAGAGAAUAUGCCGGCAGCAUCACUCAGCAAAGGCAAGAAAUCGACGCACUGCCGGGGCCACGAAGAGGUCAACACAGAGCUGAAAGCACAGAUAAUGAAAGAGAUCCGGAAGCCAGGGAGAAAAUAUGAAAGGAUCUUCACUUUACUGAAGCACGUGCAAGGCAGCUUACAAACAAGACUAAUAUUUUUACAGAAUGUCAUUAAGGAAGCAUCAAGGUUUAAAAAGCGAAUGCUAAUAGAACAGCUGGAAAACUUCUUGGAUGAAAUUCAUCGAAGAGCCAGUCAGAUCAACCAUGUCAACAGCAAUUAAAGGAAAUGGGAUGUGGCCGCUUGCUCCAUUGCCUCCUCCAAAUACAAAGUAAACGCAAGCCUGUUGUGAUCUUGGAAUCGGUUCUCUUUUUUAUUUUGUUUGUUUUUUUGACAUGCGUUGUUGGCUGUUUGAAAUACUAAAAGCAAGUCUACAGAUCCUUUUCCCAUCAUUUUACAGUGACCUUUUUUUCAUUUUGGUUUAUUUUUGUAAUGUGAAAAGCAUCACUCUAAACACCAUUUUUAUUUAACAAACUAUAAAAUCUCCUCCACAUCUCUUGCUUGUCAUUGACUCUCGCGUGUCAAUUUCCCUCAGGUUCUAUUUUCUUAAAGCAACCUUUAAAAUUGUCACCUCUGUUAAGGUUGAACUUUGCCAAAAAAAUUAAAAAGUUACUUUGUAAUUUUUGGGGAAAAAGCACAUACAUUAAAACUAGGUAAUGUUUUGUAUAUACAGUUAUUUUGGAUAUAUUAUUGUAAGUUGUACAAAUGUAUUUUGAAGAAUAUUUAAGAAAAGCACUUUUGUUAUUCCAUCAAUAAAUGCUCUAUUUUA